AUGGUCAACGUCGGCACGGCAGCCGACCCCAUCGUCACCCGCCUCGUCGAGGAGGACAAGGUGCCAUGGUAUAAGAAACGGAACCUGCGCCUCAUGUACGUGUGGCUGUUUCUGUGCUGCAUGGGCGUUGAGAUGACCUCUGGUUUCGACUCUCAGCUCAUCAACACGUUGCAAUUCGCACAGCCUUUCCACAACUACCUCGGGGGUGGUCGCCAGAUAACUAAUAGUCAGGGCGAGCUCGAAUACGCCAUCGAGCCUGGCAUGCUCGGCUUCGUCAACUCAUCCUACCAGCUUGGUUCCAUCUUUGCGGUACCAAUUGCUCCAUGGUUCGCCCAACGAUACGGACGCCGGUGGUCCAUUAUGCUGGGAUCACUCAUCAUGGUUUUUGGCUCUCUCCUCCAAGGGUUUGCCCAGCAUAUCGCUAUGUAUAUUAUCGCCCGAAUGGUUCUCGGGGUGGGUAUCCUGUUUUGUAUCAUUUCAGGUGCGGCCCUCAUCGGAGAGCUGGGUCACCCUAAGGAACGACCUAUCCUGACAUCGCUAUUCAACUCUUCCUACUUCAUCGGUCAGAUUCUUGCAUCUGCGAUUGCUAUUGGUACCACCAAAAUGAAGAGCGACUGGGCCUGGCGCCUUCCUUCUCUUCUUCAAAUCUGCCCCUCCCUUUUGCAGAUUGUGACCGUUUUCCUUCUCCCCGAAUCUCCACGUUUUUUGGUUUGGCACGACAGAGACGAAGAUGCUGCCAAAAUCCUCAUCAAGUACCAUGCAGAGGGCGAUUCUGACUCGGAACUCGUCAAAGCCGAGAUCGUCCAGAUUCGCGAGACUAUUCGAACUGAAGUGGAGGCUUCCAAGCAGUCUUGGAUGGAGCUUCUCCGCACCAGCGGUAUGCGUCGUCGUGUUCUGGUCACCGUCUUCAUCGGCCUCUUCACUCAGCUGUCCGGAAAUACCCUGCUCAGUUACUACUCUGGAGUUCUUUUCGGUCUGAUGGGUUACACCGACUCCCUCCUCAAGACGCAGCUCAAUCUCGCCAACGCCUGCUGGGGCUUGCUCAACGCCACUAUCAUUGCACUUAUCGUCCCUCGAUUCGCCCGUCGAAAGAUGUACAUGCUCUCUGCAGCAUCCAUGCUCGCGAUGUUUAUAGGAAUGACGGUUUCCCUUGAGAGAAUGCAGGCGUCACUUGCGGUUGGCGGGAAAAACAAGGCUGCUGGAAUUGCCGCUCUGUUCUUCUACUAUGCCUACAACCCCACCUACAAUAUCGGCAACAAUGCUCUCACAUACACCUACUUGGUUGAACUGUGGCCAUAUGCCCAGCGAAGCCGCGGUAUCGGUGUCCAGCAAAUCUUCGGCAAGUUGGCGGGGUUCUUCUCCACCAACGUUAACUCCAUCGCCCUGAAUGCCAUCAAGUGGAAGUAUCUUGCAAUUUACUGCGGCUGGAUCGCCUUCGAGUUUUUCAUCGUUUACUUGCUAUAUCCCGAAACUUCUAACCGCACACUUGAGGAGCUUGCCUUCCUCUUCGAGGACGAUUCCCUCAACCAGAGGACAGUUGCGGCCGUCGAAAAGCAGAUUCACUUCGGGGACAGGGAGACUGCUGUCAAGGGAGGUCCUCAGCAAACCGAGCGCGAGGUCGUUUAA